AUGACUACUACAGAACACCAACAUUUUAAUAUUGUACACAACAACAAUAAUGUCCAAACUUCAACACCAACAACUACUAGAACAAUUCAACAACAAACAUUUAAUGGUGUCAAUUCUUCGUUAAAUCACCAUUAUAAUGGUCAACAACGUCAUAAACAUCCUAGAACACCCGUGCCUUUGCCAUGUCCUCCAGCAGCUGCCUUCCUUCCCUAUUAUUCAAAUAGUUAUUUUUCUUCACCACAACCAGUACCACCACCUCAUUCUCUUCGUCCUGGCAUUUUAGGCAUUGCUUGUAGUAAUAAUUCUUCCUCCCCUCCAUAUCAACAUCAAAAUUCUUCUAAUGUUGAAGAAGAAAUACCUGUACCUGAAGGACUUUUGGAUUUUGCUGAUUUGGAAUUAAAUUGCACAAAAGAUUGUAGCAAUAAUGAACUUGUUAUGGAACCAAUUUGGGAACAAAGAGAACGUCCUUUCCAAAUAACACAAGGAUGUGCUAGUAUUUUACCUAACCCAAAGGAAACACCGGCUAACAUUAUUCCACCAGAAAUGGAAGAAACAAGUCAGAGUUGGCGUCAAUAUGCUGUAGCUUCACUAACUGGGCAUCGUUUGAGCGUGACUUCACAACCACGCCGAAAAAUUAGCAAAAUCAGUACAUCAGCAAUUGACGGCAAAAAUGGAAGUAAUGAAACAGACGAAGUUAAUGUAUUGGAUGAUAAUAAUGAUGGGGAGGAUUUUGAGGAAGAAGAGGGAGGAUUUAGAGAGCGCUGUACAACUGUUACUUAUAGGUUCCCAACAACAAACAAUAACAAUAAUAAUUCUGAGGAAAAAGAUUUUUGUAGUAAAAGACGAAUUGUAGCUGUUAGAAAACUUUCUAUGGGACAUCAAAGACAAUCCGGAGAUGAAAGAAAAUUUGCUAGUAGUUUAAGUCCGGAUAAAGCUAGGGCUGGACAUCGAAGACUUUCAAUUCCUGAACGCUCUUUACUUAAUGCUAAUUAUGCAAUUCUUCGUAAAAGUAUUGACCGUUUUGAAGUUGUUGGGUCUUUUCAUAGUUGCCAUUCUGAAGCAUAUCGAAAUUUUCUUCAGUCACUAAGUUGUUAUGAUUUAUCCUCUGUCCAUACAAUGAUUGUAAUGAUGGAUUCUGAACUUCAAAUUCAAAAAGCUGUUCAAUUACUCAGUUCACAUAUGGCCCCCCGUUUUGCAGUAAUUGCAAAUGCUAGAGUUGACGGUCAAUGGGCCCCAUUUACAGUGACAGACUGUCUGUUGGCUUUAAGCCAAGCACAUCGUAAAUUAGAUGGCCAAUUGGGUGAGCAAACUCUUCGCUUUUUUAUUGAACAAAUUCAAAAUGGUAGACGUUUAAUUUCCGUUGAUGACCAGACUUGUGCUUGGGACUUGGCACGCGUUUUUGCAUUAAAUCGUGUCCAUCGAGUUCCUGUAUUUAAUGUUGAAUCAUUUGAAUUAGUUGGAGUACUUAGUCCUCGCCAAAUAACCCAAGAAUUGUUAAAACUAGUUUCUUCUGGUUGUUCAUUAUCUCCAGAUUUAAAAUCAAUAACUCUUGGCUCUCGUCUUAUUGGAAUUUGGGGAGGGCCAGAAAGUAUAGCAACAAUUAAAGAAGGCCAAAGUUGUGCUCAAGCAAUUGAUUUAUUUUUAGAAAAGCAAGUUUCUUCACUUCCUGUACUUUCUUCAAAUGAUGGAACCCUUUUGGGUGUUUUAGACAAAAAUGGACUUUUGGAUAGGCUAUUUGAACAUUUAGGCUCCCAUCAAACACCUGAACGUUGUUUUAGACUUAUGGAGGAAACUCCUGUUGAGGAUUUACUUUCCCAAACAAGACGUAGAACUGUUUCUCCUAAUUGUUCUGUUGUUGAUGCUAUGCGCAUUUUAACGGAAGAUAAUCUCAUUAGUUCUUUAUUUAUUACCGAGCCAACCUCAUCAUCUCCUUCCUCACCAAAGUCAACAAAUAAUGAAAAAGGAGAACGUUUAUGUGGUGUUAUUUCACAUACAGACAUUCUUAGUUUUGUUAUUAAUAAUGACUCACAAUAA